AUGUUUUCUUUUCUUUCAGUUGAGAAAUAUAUUCUGGCGUUGACAGUACAGAUUAAGCACUUGAAGCUGCAAGCGGACGCUUUCGCUCGCUCUCUCUCUCUCUCUCUCUCUCUCUCUCUCUCUCGUCGACUGGUACGACUCAUUUACAACCUGAUUACUGACUUCUCCCCCUCAUUACUAAACGAGCAGUCUCUUCUUACCAAUUGGCGCAACUGCAAGUUAACUUCUUCUACGUCCGAGGCGCAAACUCAACUCCAACUGCAACUUCUCUCUCGCCGUCCGGCCUGCAACUCUUCUGCCUGUCCGGCCUGCAACUCUUCUGCCUGUUCGGCCUGCAACUCUUCUGCCUGUCUGCUCGUUUUUCUUCUUCUUCUUCUUCUUCUUCUUCUUCUUCUUCUUCUUCUUCUUCUUCUUCUUCUUCUUCUUCUUCUUCUUUUCCGCUUCCCCCUCUUCUUCUUCUUCUUCUUCUUCUUCUGCUGCUGCUGCUGCUGCUGCUCUUCCUCGGCCUCUUCUUCUUCUUCUUCUUCUGCUGCUGCUGCUACUACUCUUCCUCGUCCUCUUCUUCUUCCUCUGCUGCUGAUGAUAAUGAUGCUUCUCUUUUUCCUCCUCCUCCUGUUCUUCUCCUUCUUCUUCUUCUUCUGCUUCUCCACUUCCUCCUCCUCCUAUUCUUCUUCUUCUUCUUCUUCUUCUUCUUCUUCUUCUUCUUCUUCUUCUUCUUCUUUCCUCGUCCUCUUCUUGUUCUUUGUUCCCUGA